AUGUUCUCAGACGUGAUCGUGCCGAAGGAGACGCUAUUGUCUGCUCCAGGCUCAGAGGAGCCGACUCCUGAAGAUGAGAGACGUCCUCGCCGACAGAGCCAGGCAGAAGUGGGGCGGAGUCGUGCCCAUCAGGAGCUGUGUGACCUGCAGACGGGUGAACAGUGUAUAAUAGUGGGCACCAUAUUCAAAAACAUGGAGCUGCAGCCCUCCAUCCUGAAGGAGAUCAGUGAGGAGCACAAUCUAUUGCCUCAGCCACCUCGUGCCAAAUACAUCAGCCAAUCAGAUGAGCUUAUUUUGGAGGAUGAACUGCAGAGGAUCAAACUAGAAGGCAACAUUGACACUCCUAAGUUUGUAACAGGUAGUGUUAUUGCUAUCAUGGGUGCAGAGAAGAAUGAUGGGAAAUUCACUGUUGAAGACUUCUGCAUGGCCGACCUUCCUCCACAGACCCCCAGACAGCCUCUCGGCUCAGACAGAGUGAAUGUGCGCUUUCAAUCAGUGCAUCUCUUUCACUGGUUCUGCCAUGAGCUUCUCAUCCGGGUUGAGUUUGUUUACAUCAGAGCCUCUGUACCUGUAGAUGUCAUGCCUGGACAGUAUGACCCAACAAACUACACUCUUCCCCAGCAGCCUUUGCACCGCUGCAUGUUCCCUCUGUCUGUGCCCUUCCCCACGCUGCAGCUGGUCAACAACCCCUACCAAGCCAUCGUAGAUGGUGUCCGGUUCUUGGGCACAGCAGGACAGAAUAUCAGUGAUAUUGUGAAGUACAGCAGUAUGGAUGAUCAUCUGGAAAUACUGGAAAGCACACUGAGACUCCGCCACCUGGCUCCCUCCGCUCCGGACACACUGGGUUGUUACCCGUUCUAUCAGAAAGAUCCCUUUAUUAUGGAAGAAUGCCCUCAUGUGUACUUCAGCGGAAACGCACCAAGCUACAAAUGUGAACGAGUCACAGGACCUGAAGGACAAGAUGUUCUCCUGGUAGCAAUCCCAGAGUUCAGCAGCACACAGACGGCCUGUCUUGUGAACCUGUGCACCUUGGAGUGCGAGCCAGUCUGCUUCUCCUCUUUUUCCUCAGAGGAGGAUGAGGACAAUGAGAUGAAUAUCAGCCAUUAAACACUCACUUAUCAACAUGUGACACUUGUUCCUGUAGACUGUCCAACAAAGACUUGUUUCUGUUGGUGUGUUUUGUUAAUAAA